UCCACUUGUUUACACUCGGCCUUCGUUAUCUUCCUCGGUGACGUCAGUGAGAUACCGAAUCCAGGUUCCGCUCUCGCGCCGCCUCCUCCUCCUCACCAUGACAACCGCGCAUUUCCAGCAUCGUCACCGCCGCGCCCGUCUCCAGUGCCCGCGGCCGUCAUCGUGGUGAAUCCCGUCCUCGCGCGUCCUGCUUCCGCCGCGGGCUUUGUGUCGAUGCGUCCGGGCCGUCGCUGCUCCUCGCGCGUCCUGGAGCGGCCGCAGGCAGAGGAACGCGCCGCGUAGCCACCGCGGGAACAACAUGGCCGCGCCGCGGCCGCCGCUCGCCUGCGUCGCCUGCGUCGCGCUGCUGCUCGCCGUGUCCGGCGGCCACGCUCGCUCCUCGCCCAUAUCCGACCUGAAAUCCAAAAUAUCGGGCGUGGAGGAGCUGCUGGAGGAGUUCCGCCAGCAGCUCCAGCAGGACCAGGCGUACAACCGGCCCGGCGACGCCGCGGACGCGUGCGUGGGAGACUUCGGCGCCGCGGGGGAGCGCAUCAUCCGGGCCAAGGCCUCCAUCGAGCAGGGCGCCGCGUUCCUGCUGGCGCCGGCGCGCGUGCUCACCUGGAAGGACUGCCUGCACGCGUGCUGCUCGCACCCGCACUGCACCGUGGCGGUGGUGCAGGAGGACGCGGGGCCGCCGGCGGACGGCCUCGGCUGCUACCUCUUCAACUGCACCUACCGCGGCCGCAGCGUGUGCGCCUUCGCGGCGCAGCAGGGGUUCCGCACCUACAGCUGGGCCCGCAACGCCACGCACGGCCCGCAGCGGGGAGACGGCGACGCGGACGACGCCAGAGAGCCGGACGAGCCGCCGCGCAGCGACGCGGGUCAGGACGUGGUGGUGCAGCUGCCCACGGACUGGGCCGUGCUGGACGCGCGCGACAGCGUGGACGACCGCGGCGUCAGCCGCUACGAGUGGACUCUGCUGCGGGGCGACGCCGCCGUCAACAUGAAGGCCACCCACCCGGGCCUGUUGAAGGUCAGCGGCCUGCAGGAGGGCGUCUACACCUUCCAGAUGACCGUCACCGACACAUCCGGCCAGAAGAGCUCGGACAACGUGUCCAUCACCGUGCUGGCGCCGAAGCACCAAGCGGAAGUCUGCACGGGUCACUGCUCCAACUACCAGUUCAAGUGUGACGACGGCUGCUGCAUUGACAUCACGUACGCGUGUGACGGGAAGCAGCACUGUCCGGACCGCUCCGACGAGGACUUCUGCCCCAACUUUGACAGCGGCAGGAAGUCGGUGAGCCACGCUGACGGGCCUCACGGAGCCGUGGUCCAGACCGAGGCCGAGGCCCAGGACGCGUCCAUGCUGCGGCCCGGACCCAAGAGCCUGGAGAGCAUCGUGCCUCAGCCGGACCGGUCCGAGGCGGCGGCGCCACAGGGGCCUGGUCCGGCUGAGGCCUCAGCGAGCCAAGAUCCGUGUGCCGCUGCUCCCGUCGUGGGUCCGUGUAAAGGCACCUUCCCUCGCUGGUACUACGACCAGAGCGCAGGCCAGUGCAAGCGCUUCCUGUACGGCGGUUGCCAGGGAAACCACAACAACUUCCUCCAGGAGUCAGACUGUGUCACUGAAUGCAUCCAAAAGAGUCCGGUUUUCAAAUCUGCGACCGUGGCCCCUCCGGUCACCAGACAGACUGAGAUGGCUGCUCCCAAAGACUCCCAGAGCCAAACGCAGGGCCACGUCCCCGUCUCCAAAGAGCUCCCCGUGACGGGAGGACAUCCGCUCCCAGAGUCGGGGGCGAUCCUCCCUCUGGCGCUCGGCCUGAUCAUCACCGCGCUGCUGCUGCUCAUGAUCGGCUGUCGCCUCCGGCUCGUCCGACACAAGCUGAAGAAAGCCCGGCCCCUGACGACGGAGGAGUCCGAUUACCUCAUCAACGGCAUGUACCUGUAGCCAGGUGAGCAGCAGACGCGGGAGGAUCCGAGAGGCGGGAACGUCCACCAUCGCACGCUGCCUUCGAAGCCACUGACACAUUCAGACGCCUGUGAAUUCAUCUUUACACUGAUGUCUUAAGAGUCCGCGUCUGGUCCCACUUCAAAACUGCCCAAAACUCCUCUUUUGUGACUUCUGGGAUGUAUUAGACACUCGUCCUGUGUUCUGUCAGCAGCAGUGUCAUGAAGGACCGUGUACGAGGAGAUGAGGUGGAACUGAGUCUAGUGUCGUUCUGUUCAUCUCCUCCGGUUCCAGUGUCUCGCUGUUCUUUCAUGUUCUAUACUAUGUUUGCUUAGAUGUUUUCCCUCAAGGUCCAGUCCUUCGUGUGAUAUAUUAAAGUUUAUUAUAUAAAUACAGAA